UCUAAGGCUAAAAGGCACAUAAAACACAGCAAAUAAAAUCACAUAAAAUGCAGGAAAAUAUGCAGAAUGCAUUGAACAAAACCAGCAACAACAUACAAUAUUUAAACUAAGAGGAGAAUACUUCUAGUCGAGUUUUGAGUCCAAGGUCCUGUUAAGGAAACUCUGUCAAGGAAUGGAACCCUGGCUCAAUGGCGGCGAAGCCUGGCUGAGGCUGCGGCUCAGGAUGCAUAAAUCAAACAUGGACUACACCUGUCUAUUCUGCUGCAGCCUGGCCUUCAUCCUGUAUCUGAACACUCUGAAUGCCGGCUUCGUCUACGACGACAGACGCGCCAUCCUGGCCAAUGCAGAUGUCUCUGGCAGCGGUCCUUGGCAACGGAGCUUCGCCAAUGACUUUUGGGGCACUCCGCUGACGGAUAACGGCUCCCAUGGCUCCUGGCGUCCACUCUGCGUGCUCAGCUUCCGGCUCAACUAUCUGCUUGGCGGCGGCUUUGCGCCUUGGGGCUUCCAUUUGGUCAACAAUCUGCUCCAUUGCAUUGCCACCGCCUUGGUGGUGCGUGUGGCACGCACUCUACUUGCCUCCGUGUGGGCAGUCCUGGCCGCCGGAGCCAUCUUUGCCGCCCAUCCCAUACACACGGAAGCUGUGGCCGGUGUGGUGGGGCGAGCGGAUGUCGCCGCCUGCGUUUGCUACCUGCUCACGUACCUCAGUUAUCUCCGGCACAUGCGUUGGCGCGAGUCUGGCGAUCCUCGCCAGUGGCUGGCAUUGGGAGCAACCCUAAUCCUGGCCCUGGCGGGUCUACUCUGCAAGGAGACAGCCGUCACGGCGCUGCUGGUCUGCGCCCUGUUCGAUGUGAUGCGGGGGCUUAGUGGACAGAUGGAUAAGCAACGCAUUCGUUCCGUUUGCCUUGUCCUUGGCGCUCUCUGCUGUGGCAUCUACUGCCGCCUGGUCAUUGUCCCGGGACCACAGACCGCCUUCUCCAGCGCCGACAAUCCCAUUGCCCGCACUCCCUCCGCCUGGACGCGCCUGCUGACCUUCCUCUACCUGCCCGUCUUCAAUCUGAGGCUGCUGCUGCAACCGCAGGUGUUGAGCUUCGACUGGGGCAUGGAUGCCCUGCCCAGGGUCACCUCGUUGUGGGAUAGAAGGAACGCCCAGUCUGCCUGCUUUUACUCGGUGCUGGUGGGUGUGGCGUGGCGCAGUUGUCGCCAAUUGCUGCUCAGCAGCGGUCACAAGGUGACCAGCGGCAUGGCCAGCGGCUCCUCUGCCUCUGCCUUUCCCCAGUAUCACAUCCAGAAGGUGGCAUCAUCCGGUCGCAAGUCCCGCUCCAAGCGGAAGCGAUUGGCCAACAGCAAGUACCAAGCCUUUGAGGCAGCCUAUCAUCAUCAGGAUGCCGCGCUUUCCUGCCGCGAUUGCAACAACAAUAAUCAGAGCAGCAAUGGCUUUGUCUACGAGGGCACCUCGCCGCAGUCCGCCCACGCCAGUCACAGCCAGCCCCAUCACCUCGUGUCUUCCGCCUUCCGCGGCUCCCGCAGCAGCAGCAGCUGCAGCAACAGCACCAACAGCAGCACCUCUAGCUCCAGUUCCAGCUCCAGCUCGAGCUCUAGCUCUAGCUCCGCCUCAUCCUCAUCCUCCUCGUCCAGCUCUAAUUUCCACUGCUCCUCGGACUAUGCGCUGGAAGGGAUGUCGCCUGGCAAUAGGCACGCCUGCGUCCUGCUCAUGUCCUGCAGCUUCCUGGCCCUGCCCUUCCUGCCCGCCAGCAAUCUGCUCUUCUAUGUGGGCUUCGUGGUGGCCGAGCGUCUGCUGUACCUGCCCAGCGUGGGCUUUUGUCUCCUGGUUGGCUAUGGGGUCUCCAAACUGAUGGCCUGCUCCCAGCGCACACGCUGCACCCUGCUCCUGAGCCUGAGUGUCCUGCUGGCUGCAAUGAGCCUGAGGACUGUGCGGCGGAAUGCCGACUGGCGGGAUGAGGAGAGUCUGUACAGGAGUGCGAUUGCCAUCAAUCCGCCAAAGGCGUUGGGCAAUCUGGGCAGUGUGCUGAGUUCGCAGGGACGUUACGAGGAGGCCAAACAGGUCCUGCAGGAGGCCAUUCGCUACAGGCCCAACAUGGCGGAUGUGCACUUUAACCUCGGCAUCCUGCACCAGAAUCAGCAGGACUAUCCCUCGGCCGUGGAGUGCUUUCAGCGCGCCAUUAAGUUCCGACCGAAUCUGGCGGUGGCCUACCUCAACCUGGGCAUAUCAUUCAUAGCGCUGGGCAAGCGCCAGCAGGCCAUCGAAAUCCUUCACGCGGGCUCUAAUCUGGAUGGAGCCUCGGUACGAGAUCGUGUGGCCCAUGACCAGGCCAGGAGCUCAUCGUACUUGCAGUUGGGUGCACUUUACGUGGAACAAGGUAAACUGCAGAGAGCUCUGGCCAUCUAUAGGGAAGCCCUAUCCUCGCUGCCGGGAUUGCCGCAGCAACGAGAGGUCCUGUAUCAGCGAAUAGGUGAUGUCCUGGGACGAUUGCAGCAAUGGGAUGAGGCCGAAAGACACCAUCGAGCUGCUUUGGAACUGCAGCCCAAUCAGGUGGCAGCGCAUCUCUCCUAUGGCAUCACUUUGGCCAGAAAUAGCAGCCGCGCUUCGGAGGCAGAAAUGUGGUUCAAGCGGGCCCUACAACUGGCACCCGAACAGGCCAGCGUCUAUCAUCAUUAUGCUGAAUUCCUAUCCCUGCAGUCGCGACAUCAUGAGUCUGCCAUCUAUCAUCGCCGAGCCGCUGAAUUAGCGCCCAAGGACUAUGCUCUGGUGGUGGCUGCUGCCACGGCAAUGCGUCUGCUGGACAGGAAGGUGGAGGCCGAAAUGUGGUACCGAAAGGCUGUGGCUCUGCGACCGGAUGAUGCUCAUGCCCACACCAAUCUGGGGGCCAUAUUGCAUCUGCUGGGAAGGACAAAUCAUGCGGCUGCCAGCUACAAGGCGGCACUGCGUUUACAGCCCGGAGAUGCCAUCACGUUGGGCAACCUGGCCAAGCUGGGUGUGACGAAUGUCUAGCAAUUGUAGUGGCCACGAGGAGCUAACGUUUAAGUUAAGAGCAUAUUUUUGUAUAAGGGGAAUGGGGAAAAACAUAAAGAAAAGGAAAAAGGCAACGUUAGAUAACUCUACAGAAUUUAUACAAAGGACUUCGAUACAUAUGUAUAUCAUUUAGCAGCUGGCAGCCGUGUAAAUAUCCAAGCAGCGACCAAAGAGAAUGUCACAGAAUACAGAUAGAGAUACAGAUACAGAUACCGCGUUAAAGCGUUACAGAUACAGAUACCGAAUCAGUGGGAGGAGAAGCGAACAGAGAGAACAAUAAUUAAAAUAUCUAACUGUUAAGUGAAACGAAUGUUGCUGUACAGCUAUGGGAACGAUGAUUGGGUAACUACUCGUAAUGUGCUUAAAAUAUCCAUGUAAAUGAUUGUAAAUAUGAGGAAACAUAUUAUUAUUGACUAUAUAUAUACGAUAUAUAUAUUAUAUAUUGACUUGGCUUCUCCAGAUUGUUUUCUGUCCGUUGUGUAAUGUACAUUUUAGUUAAGCGAAAUAAAGCAAGGAUACCAAUAAAAGAAUGUGUAUGGAUUGUAUAGAGAUAUGGCAAAGUGGAGAAAAGAUAUAUAUAUAUAUAAAUA